AUGCCAGGGAGAAGGAGCUCCCCUCCCCACUGGGGACACCGUCUGCGGUGCCUCCGCUCGGCCUCAGCCUGCCGGGUCUGGGGGCCCCAGUCCUGCCCAGCCUGGGAGCCCCCUCAGCCCUCGCCGCUGCUGUGCCGGGACAUGGCGCUGCAGAACGCCCUGUACACUGGAGACCUGGCGCGGCUGCAGGAGCUGUUCCCCCCGCACAGCACAGCCGACUUGCUGCUGGAGAGCCGGGCUGCCGAGCCUCGCUGGAGCUGCCACCAGAGGGGAAUCUGGUCGCUGACGUACAAAGAGGAGCUGACCACCCCACUGCACGUGGCGGCCAGCCGGGGCCACACGGAAAUUCUGCGGCUGCUGCUGAGGCGGCGGGCGAGGCCAGACAGCGCCCCUGGGGGCCGCACCGCCCUGCACGAGGCCUGUGCUGCAGGCCACGCUGCCUGCGUCCACAUGCUGCUGGUGGCAGGAGCCGACCCCAACAUCCCUGACCAGGAUGGGAAGCGCCCCUUGCACCUCUGCGGGGAGGCCGGCAGCCUUGAGUGUGCAGAGCUGCUCCUGAGGUUUGGAGCAAAAGUGGAUGGUCGGUCCGAAGAGGAGGAGGAGACCCCUUUGCAUGUGGCCGCCCGGCUGGGCCACGUGGAGCUGGCAGACCUACUUCUCAGACGGGGAGCAUGUUCCAAUGCCCGCGAUGCCGAAGGCUGCACCCCGCUGCUGGCCGCCUGUGACGCCCGCUGCACGUCCCCCGCUGAUGCCGAGGCCACCACCACCCACUGCCUCCAGCUGUGCCACUUGCUGCUCUCGGCCGGGGCCGACGCCGAUGCUGCCGAUCAGGACAGGCGGCGGCCCCUGCACCUGGCCUGUCGCCGAGGCCAUGCGGACGUCGUGGAGCUGCUCCUGUCCUGCGGCAGCAGCGUCAACGCCAUGGACUACGGGGGACACAUGGCCCUGCACUACGCGCUGCAGGGCCCGGCUGCAGCCCUGGCCCAGAGCCCAGAGCGCACGGUGCGGGCGCUGCUCAACCACGGUGCCGUCCGCGUGUGGCCUGGGGCUCUCCCCAAGGUGCUGGAGCGCUGGUGCACGUCCCCGCGGACCAUUGAGGUCCUGAUGAACACCUACAGUAUCAUGCAGCUUCCUGAGGAGGCCGUGGGCCUGGUGCCUCCUGAAACUCUGCAGAAGUACCACCAUUUCUACUCCUCCCUCUUGGCCUUGGCGAGGCAGCCCAGAUCGCUGCAGCAUCUGAGCCGCUGUGCCCUCCGUGCUCACCUGGCGGCCUGCCUGCCCCACGCCCUGCCCCGCCUGCCCCUGCCAGCCCGCCUGCUCCGCUACCUGCAGCUGGAUUUCGAGGAUGUGCUCUACUAG